UUUAUAUUUUAUUUAUAAAAAACCAAAAUUCUCUGUAAUGUUGUAAAAGGCUCGAAAAUUUAAAAAAAAUUUUAUGUAAAUUAUAAAAAAUGUCUGAAAGCGAGGAAGACCUACGAUUUGUUGAGGAAGGUAAUCACCUUGAUCAUUUAUGCCGUCUGCGCUUUGAUAAAAAAUCCACCAAUGCACGUCUGACGGCUAUUGUUUGUACUAUUGGCCACAGUUCUCGAACAGUGGAUGUGAUUGCCAAUAUGAUUCUUAAUGGAAUGAGCAUUGCGCGCAUGAAUUUUGCUCACGGUUCUCAUGAUUAUCACUUAGAAACAAUUGGUAUAAUACAAAAAGCAGCGGAAAUGGUGUCGAAAGAAUUGGGGUAUGAGAAAACGGUAGCUUUGAUGCUCGAUACGAAAGGUUCUGAAAUACGUACAGGUCUCAAUGAAGGAGGCGGUGAUAUUGACCUUAGAAAUGGAGACAUUGUUAGACUCUCUACUAACAAAAAUUUGUAUGAUAAAUGCAAUAAAGAAUCAAUAUAUGUUGACUAUCCGGACAUUAUACACCUCGUAAAAUUCGGGUCUCGAGUCUUGAUAAACGAUGGACAAAUUUCCCUUUUUGUUAAAGAAGUGGCAAUUGACUGUUUGAUAUGUCAAGUAGAUGUAGGUGGAAUUUUACCUUCGCUUCGUAAUGUCACUGUGCCAGGUAUGAAGUUAAACCUACCAAACCUCUCCGAGAAGGAUGCUUAUGAUAUAUCAUUUGCCGUUGAAAACAGUAUAGAUAUAAUUGUGGCUUCAAAUGUUCGUUCUACUGAAACCAUAUCUGAAAUACGUUCCCAGCUGGGACAUAAGAGUAAGCAUGUGAAGGUAGUUGCCAAAAUAGAGAACUUACAGGCAAUGGAAUUACUGUCUGAUUUGAUACAAGUAUCGGAUGGUAUUCUUUUAGGUCGUGCGGGCAUAGGCAUAGAAUUAAACCCAGAACGAUUGUUUUUACUGCAAAAAGCAUUAGUUGGUCAAUGUAAUAAAGCAGGUAAACCUGUUAUUAUUGGAGCUAAUAUUUUAGAUUCUAUGAUACAUCAACAGCGACCGGUUCUAGCUGAUGUUUUUGAUCUAGGAAACAUUGUUUUAGAUGGAGCGGAUGGAAUUAUGAUAACACAUGCAACCGGUAUAGGUAAACAUCCUAUACAUACUACAAAGCAAGCACACAAAGUUUGUCGAGAUGCAGAAAACGCAUUGUGGUAUCAUGAUAUCCUUAGCGAUUUAAUGCAUCGAAAUCCAGCUUUGGUUGACGCUAUACAUGCUAUAGCUGUGGAAGCAGUAAAUGCGGCUAAAAAAACGGCUGCAGCAGCUAUUGUUGUGUUGACAACUUCUGGAAAAUCAGCAUAUCUGAUUAGCAGGUAUCGCCCCCGUUGCCCUAUUAUUGCAAUUACUACCUGUCCUAGAACUUCACGGCAGGCUUUGCUAUACCGCGGAGUACUGCCGUUACUUUAUCCUAUGAAGUCAGAUGCAGAUUGGGUCACAGAAAUAGAUUCGCGUGUGAAAUAUGCUCUCAGUGUAAUGAAGAGAAAUAAAAUGGCGGAUAUGGGUGAUGCGAUUGUUGUGGUGUCAAAUUGGAGAGAUGGCAAGGGAUUUACAAAUAAUCUCCGUAUAGUUUAUGCAGUAUUCGAAGAAGAUCCUAUUGAAUGUGAAUUAAAGGAUGAACUAAAUAAAACUGAAACUGAAAACAUAUAAGUUCCACAUUUCAUUUAUAAAUUUUUCAAAA